AGUAAAAAUACAUUACCAAAAACUACUCAAUUUUAGGGUUCUUACGUACAGUUUUAAAAAGAACAAAAACACAUACUACAGUUUUAGAAAAACACAUCGCGCUAUGGAUCUUGGUGAAAAUUCUCGUAGUUUUUCUGUUCCUAUCUCGGCUUCAUUUCAUAGGAAGAGAAAACUCCACAAACUAAGAAAGUCUGUUAUGGCUGUGCGAGUCGUGCGUUUACUAAAGUCAAUGAGGGGGCUCUGCGUUGAUCCAGCUGCGGCAGGAGUUGAACCGGGACCUGUAGAGAUUUCAAUCGGCCCAAGGCAAUGAUAAGCGUCUCUUUUUGUAUUUCAUAGUUAUUUGUUGCUGUUAUUUUUAUUGCCGUCGUAUGAUAUUGAGACUUGUACAUCUUAUUCAGGAAUGCACAAGAAAAUUCAAACCCUUCUGAUCAGUCGUAUGAUUCACGAGAUUUAAAAUUGCAGUUUUCAAACAACAUAAAUGGUCCAAUUUUUACUGGAAUCCCCAUAGGUAGUACCUUAAAUCUACAUUUAAUUGACCCCCUUAGUCAGAAUAUCAUCAAUUCUGGGCCUGAAUCAUCAGCAAAGGUGGAAAUAGUUGUCCUUGAGAAAGAUUUUACAAGUUGUGGUGGUGACAAAUCGCUGAUACGGGGAGAUCCUCAUGUCACGUUGAAAGAUGGAAGUGUUUCUGUAAGUCAUAUUUCAUUCAAACAUACGAGAGUGUCUAUGAGAAAACGUGAGUUGAGACUAGGUGCAAGAGCUGUGUAUCAAUAUAAUGCAACAAGAAUUAUGGAAGCAGUCACACAGCCAUUUUUUGUGAAGGAUCGUCGUUCUAUGAGCAAAAGGAAGAAGCCCCUAACUCUUGAAGAUGAAGUAUGGAAAAUGCAAACAAUUGGCAAAGGCGGUCCUUUCCAUACCCGUUUGAUGAAGGAAAACAUUAACACUGUCAGGGACUUCUUAACUCAAUACUUUUUGAGCCGUGAAAAGCUACUCAGUAAGAUCCUUGGCAGGGGUAUGCACGCCAAGAAAUUGGAUGCAGCAGUUAAUAAGGCAAAGAGUAAACUUGACUUGAAAAGAUACGUGUAUCCUUCUGUCCAUAAUCCCCAGCAAAAUAUAAGAUCAGUGGUAUUUACUGAUGUGGGAGAAGUGAUUGGAGUUUACCAAGAUGGUCACUUUGUGACAAUCGAUAAUCUCUCUGGAACUCAAAAGGCUUAUGCUAUGGAGCUGGUAAAAACAGCGUUUGAAAAUGGCCAAAAAAUCAAGCUUUUGGAUGAUGAUACUUUUAAAAUGCUUUGCUCUUCCACUUCACCAAUUGCUGUUGUUGAUGGCGCUAAUGGAUUCUCUUUUGAGGCUUACUGUCCCACUGACGCACAGCAGCAACCAGUGCCUAAUGCUUAUGAUAUUCCGAGCACAAGUAUAAUAAAUAAUUAUGACUCCAAAAACCAAAUUAAUAUCUCACCAACUCUUACCAUUGAAGUGCCAGAUCCGUUUGUGUAUGACUAUUCAAAUUACCAUCCUCUUCCUGAAAGCAUCUGGGAUUAUUAGAUUUGUAGCUUGUAAUAUAUAUAGAAGCCAAAAUAAUGACAAUUUAAGGAUGAUUUGUUUAAAAGCUAGUAUGUAGAGAUUAGUAUUGCAUAAUAGAUUGUAAUGUCUAAUCACAAUACAUGGAUUGUACUAUUAUAGGUGUUAGUUAUUGUUGGAUGUUUGGUUAUGUUGUAUUAAAAAUUAAUUAUA